CUGGGGUUACACAGACGAUGGCUGCCUCUCUGGUCUGUUUGGUGUUCCUAUGUGCAACGCAUGCUGUGGCUAAUGGUGUCGCCAGGGAUGAGGUAGCGACGUCGUUGUCGUUGAAAUCCACGAUCACAACGAGACUGACUGCCUUGGAAGCUGAGAUGAAGACUGUCGUUCAGGAAACUAUUGAGGACAUCCUCAGACAUCUAGAUGAGUUGGAGUCCAAGCAAGCAGCACAGACGCAGAAGGAUGAACCACAGGGGAGGCCAACAGCAGCACAGACGCAGAAGGAUGAACCACGGGGAACGCCAACAGCAGCACAGACGCAGAAGGAUGAACCACAGGGGAGGCCAACAGCAGCACAGACGCAGAAGGAUGAACCACGGGGAACGCCAACAGCAGCACAGACGCAGAAGGAUGAACCACAGGGGAGGCCAACAGCAGCACAGACGCAGAAGGAUGAACCACGGGGAACGCCAACAGCAGCACAGACGCAGAAGGAUGAACCACAGGGGAGGCCAACAGCAGCACAGACGCAGAAGGAUGAACCACGGGGAACGCCAACAGCAGCACAGACGCAGAAGGAUGAACCACGGGGGAGGCCAACAGCAGCACAGACGCAGAAGGAUGAACCACAGGGGAGGCCAACAGCAGCACAGACGCAGAAGGAUGAACCACGGGGAACGCCAACAGCAGCACAGACGCAGAAGGAUGAACCACAGAUGAGGCCAACAGCAGCACAGACGCAGAAGGAUGAACCACAGGGGAGGCCAACAGCAGCACAGACGCAGAAGGAUGAACCACGGGGAACGCCAACAGCAGCACAGACGCAGAAGGAUGAACCACAGAUGAGGCCAACAGCAGCACAGACGCAGAAGGAUGAACCACAGAGGACGCCAACAGCAGCACAGACGCAGAAGGAUGAACCACAGGGGAGGCCAACAGCAGCACAAAAGAAACCAAAAUUCGAAUCUUACCAAAGAGAUGCUGUUACCGGGGGAACGGAAGAACAGACCAAGAAGGAAGAAUUUCAGCGAACGGCAACAAAAGUACCAGUAACGGAAUCUGAGAAAGUUGUGGCUGCUGGUUGCGGAGCCCCACCACCACGAGGCGGUACAACGUUCACUCAGACAAAACGCACCGCCGUGUACAAGUGUAAACCAAAGCACCGAAACAUCGGUGGGAAAAAGACUUCAUCUGUGUGUGAUACUGCCUCUGGCGAAUGGUCCCAAGUUGACAUCUUCUGCACAAACUUCACAACCUGCUCGAAGAUUGUCAAAGGUCGGAGUGUAUACGGGGGAACAGUCUCCACCACUAAGAGCGGGCGCACCUGUCAACGGUGGGACCAACAGAAGCCUAACAGGCAUUGGUUCCUCACAAACGAGAGCUUCAAGACAACAACUGGUCUCGGUCGGGAGACACGCCGCGACGCCGCCAACUACUGCCGUGACCCCGGCGUCAUGGUGGCAGACAAGAGCGUGUGGUGUUAUACCACUGAUCCGAAAGUACGCUCGGAAGAGUGUGCAGUGCCCGAGUGCCAGGUUCCUAAAUAAAAGCUGAAAUCCUAAA